GAAAAUCCUUGAGAACCAUUCGAGUGUGCGUGCAAAUCGCCAGUUAACCCCUGAUGUCCUUGGCCGAUUCCACGUAUUUGUUGCGAAAAAAGCAAGGAAAGCUAAAGAUUUAACUUUUAUACACUGAGGUAGCGUUGAUUAAAACUUCAUUAUAUUUCCAGCCUUUUUUCGAAGUGGCAAACUAUUCAGUAGGGAAUGUAAGGCCAAUUUUCGUAUAUUUUUUAAUUUGGUAUAGCAAACGCAAACGCUAUACAAGAAAAUUUAAGUUUUUUUUUUAACACUUUAAUACACGGCUGAAUUAAUGGAUAGACAAGGUGUUCAUAAUAGCUAUGGGUCAAUAGCGAAAGACGCAAUAGAUGAGCAACGGAUGGUGCUAUCGAUGCCACAACUGUCCAUCCAGAGGAAAUCCGUUACAAGCAUGAAGUUAUUCACCAUGGUGGUGUUGCACUCGUGGCGCCAACGCCGAAAGGAGGUUCGUGAACUCAAAGAGAUGGUGCAACACCUCCAGGAUAGCUCCAUGAAGACCAAAAACGAACUGCACGUAUGUGGCACAUUGAUGCGUGUGGAGGAAAAACGAAACAGGGAACUUCAAAUAAAGCUUAAGCUAUCGACGAUGAGCAUUGACCAAGUAAGGUCCUCCUGUGAAUCUCUUGUCAACUCGGUCCGUGACCUCACAACAGAGAAAAGGCGAUUGGAAACCGAUUUGGAACAGCGCUUGCAGGAGUACAAUGAGCUGGAGGAAGUAUCUGACAAAACCAAACGGCUGCUCUUCAGCGCCUACGUGGAACAAUCUAGCCUGCAAAAGCAACUAGCUGAGGAGCAGCGUACGACGCAGAGAUUGCAGGCGGAAAAGGACCAGCUAAUCCAGGAAGUGAUACUGGCGGAGGGCAGAGAUAACAAGUACCGCCAGGUGCGGGAAUGGUACCAGCGUGUACUGCACAAAAAGGAGGUGUGCAUUUACAACCUGGGAAGGAGAUUGCAUAUGCUGGAGGAGCAACUGUUUGACAUUAAUGAGCACACUGGAGAAUUGGAACAAUUGCGUGAGAGUGCUCAACAAAUGUCGAACGAAAUCACAGAGUUGCGCCAGGAGAUCAACCGAAAUCGCAACGGUGUCUUCGGUGAUUCCUGCUGUCGCCUCGGACUCGGACGCCUCCACGACCAUGUGAUUGCGCCCUUUCAAGGCAACCAUAUCUGGAUAAAACUUCGACGCUAUUCCUUUAACGUGAUAUAUUUGUUUGCUUUGUAUCUGCUGCCUGGAAUGUCUCUCAAAUAUCGUCAAAACUAAACCUAAUUAAAUAAACUUUCUAUAAAAAU